AUGAUGACAACCUCAGAAAGGUACUAUGUUGCCAUUGGUUUACGUGCAGACACCAGAGUCUACAAUAGCUACCCUCACUUCUCUAACACCUCACCUUUGUACCUCCCCAUCAUUGUCUUGCUUGUUCGCUUCAAGGACACCCAGAACCUUGACUCGGUAUGUACCUCAAUCCUUCGCAAUGUUGAUCUAUUGGCCACCAGCUGCCUCAAUGUUGCAGGUAUCUUCCUGAACUCAGAGGCUGCCAGAGGUGCUCUGAAGCCCAAAGUCAAGGGAUUCUACACAGCUGCUCAUGGUCAUCACAUUGGGAUUUGGCAUGUCUGUAAGAACGACUGCAACAAGGAGGUCAACAAGUACCCAAGUGCUCAUCACAAGAAGUUCAUUCACUUCAACGAGGCCAUGGAAUGGCUUAUCACUGAUGGCCAUCGCUUGGGGUUUGGUACUCAGCUUUCGCUGGGUGAAGAACCCAACACUCGCAGCGCUUCUUCGCCCUUUCCACAGCCCUCGAAGAACAAGGGAAAGGGAAAGGCAACAGAAGCUUCACCACGUCCCUCCUCCGAGUUCUUCAGCCCUAUUGCCAUCGAGUCUGUUCAUAUCAGUGACGAAUCACCUCAGCCAAAGGGCCCUCCUCCAUCUUUGUCUCAUUGUACCCAUGGCCCUGUUCAAGUCUCCUCCACCUCUGUGCAUGCCCAGCCCUCAUUUUCCCACUCUCCUACUCCUCCCCACCUGAUACCACCCUAUCAUGCUCCCAACUCAACCCGCGUUCAUCACGUGUCCGUGCUUCGUGGUCCGGAGAUGGCUUGGAGGAUGCUGACUGCAGUCCCUGCCCACAACAUGGCCCCUAUCUUCCAACACAUCCGCAAGCUGGACGGCAUCCAUCAAUCCCUGACUAUUCCCGCUGAAUCUGAUGACAUGCCAAUCCUGAGCUUUGGGCCCAUGGCUGACAUCGAUCUUCACUUGCAUGGAUUCUCGCUCAGAGCACUGUUGCGCAUUUGA